AUGGCCGAGCUGAUUGACAAGUACUUCGCCACCCACCUCUCCCUCCCCUACGAAGACGCCGUCCGGCUCCACAAGGAAUACUACCAAAACUACGGCCUCGCCAUCGAAGGCCUCGUCCGUCACCACCAAAUUGACCCCCUCGAGUACAACGCCAAAGUCGACGACGCCCUCCCCCUAGACGACAUCAUCAAGCCCCGCGAGGACCUCAAGAAGCUCCUCCGCGACAUUGACACCUCCAAAGUCAGGCUCUGGCUGUUCACAAACGCCUACGUCAACCACGCCAAGAGGGUGGUGAAACUGCUAGAGAUAGAGGACUUCUUCGAAGGGGUGACGUAUUGUGAUUAUGCGGCGCCGAGGCUGAUGUGCAAGCCUCAUGAGGAGGCGUAUGAGAAGGCGAUGAGGGAGGCGGGGGUGGAGAGGAGGGAGGAUUGUUAUUUUGUUGAUGACUCGUACCAAAACUGCAAAAAGGCCCAAGAAAUAGGCUGGAACGUCGCCCACCUUGUCGAAGAGGGUGUCAAGUCCCCCAGGACACAAGCGUGCAAGUUCCAAAUAAGCCACUUGGAUGAGCUGCGCACUUGCUUCCCAGAGGUCUUCAAGAAGCCGGAAACGUCCUCGGAAUAG